AUGUCACAAAAAGCACAUUUAUAUUUUUGCAUCAUUGUAGUCCUGUUUAAAAUAUCUGCAAGCAAGAAAGAUGCCUUCAUGGACGAAAAAUUCGCGCCCCUUAGAGAACAGUGUCUGGCGGAAAAUUCCAUGACGAUUGAUGAUCUUACAUCCGGGUGGCACUUAGAAGAUAUUCCAGAGAAAAAUCUGUGUUUCCACAAGUGCUUGAUGCAGAAGAUGGGAUUAAUCGAUAAUGAAGGCGUUAUUCAGGAAGAUAAAGUUGCCGAAAUGGUUGAACUUGCUGAUCUUACUGACGAGGAGCGUGAAAAGGCGGUACAGUGUGUCAAAGAUAUCAAGAAAAUUGAAAAAUGCGAAGAUUCUCAUAAAAUAUUUGCAUGUCGUACUAAAUCUGGUUGA